GCUCUGUUGGGUUGAAAGCUGCUCGACAGGUCUGACGACGAAAUACUACCCGGAAAAGAGCCGUGGCGUGGUUUAGACAACCGAGCCAGAGAGAUAGGAGGUUCACUGGAUAAAAUGUUGUAAGGGAUAUUGAACGUCAAAACAUCAGUAUAUUGUCCGUUAUUCGUUUAUCAGGAUGUCGGCGUCUGCUAUAUUUAUUCUGGAUCUUAAAGGCAAGGUGUUGAUAAGUCGUAACUACAUGGGAAACAUGGACAUGAAUGAGAUCGACCAUUUCAUGCCUAUAAUGAUGAGGAUGGAGGAGGACGCAGACACGUCGCCCCUGGUGACCAGCGGCUCCUCACACUUCCUGUGGAUCAAACACAGCAACCUCUACCUGGUGGCAAUGACCAAGAAGAAUGCCAACGCUGCUCUGGUAUACUCCUUCCUCUACAAAAUAGUACAGGUGUUUAAGGAGUACUUUAAGGAGCUGGAGGAGGAGAGCAUCCGUGACAACUUUGUGAUUGUGUAUGAGCUGAUGGACGAGGUCAUGGACUUUGGCUUUCCCCAGACCACAGACAGCAAGAUCCUGCAAGAGUACAUCACCCAGCAGGGUCACAAACUGGAUGUGGGCGCCCCUCGCCCCCCCGCCACCGUCACCAAUGCAGUGUCCUGGAGGUCAGAGGGCAUCAAGUACAGGAAGAACGAGGUGUUCAUGGAUGUCAUCGAGUCCGUUAACCUGCUGGUGUGCGGCACAGGAGGUUGGUGGCAUCUUAAUUGGGGAGAACGGGCUCGUGGUAAUGACUGGAGCGGAAUUGGUGGAAUGGUAAGUGCGACCGGCAGUGUCCUGCGAAGUGAGAUCAUGGGCAGCAUCAAGCUCAAAGUGGUUCUGUCUGGAAUGCCAGAGCUCAGACUGGGCCUCAACGACAAAGUGCUCUUCGAGAUCACAGGAAGAGAGAAGAGUAAGACGGUAGAGCUGGAAGACGUCCAGUUCCAUCAGUGUGUCCGUCUGUCUCGCUUCGAGAACGAUCGAACCAUCUCCUUCAUCCCCCCGGACGGAGAGAGUGAGCUCAUGUCCUACCGCCUCAACACCACGGUGAAGCCUCUUAUAUGGAUCGAGAGUGUGAUUGAGAAGUUCUCCCACAGCCGAGUUGAGAUCAAGGUUAAGGCCAAGAGUCAGUUUAAGAGCCGCUCCACCGCCAACAACGUAGCCAUCAUGGUACCCGUGCCCAGCGACGCCGACUCGCCUAAAUUCAAGACGAGCACAGGCAGCUGCAAGUAUCUUCCUGAGAAGAGCGUGGUGCAGUGGAACAUCAAGUCCUUCCCUGGAGGCAAGGAGUACAUGAUGAGGGCUCACUUUGGGCUGCCUAGUGUGGAGAGUGAUGAGUUGGAGGGGAAGAGGCCCAUCACUGUCAACUUUGAGAUCCCCUAUUUCACUGUAUCUGGUAUCCAGGUACGCUAUCUUAAGAUCAUUGAGAAGAGCGGCUAUCAGGCGUUACCGUGGGUACGCUACAUAACACAGAGUGGAGAUUACCAACUUCGGACAAACUAAGGGCAAGCCUGCUGCCAGACGAAUGGAUCUUCACUCCCUCCCCCUCUCUCUGGCUCCCUGGGAGUGAGGGACAGCAGAGGACAAGGAAAGGGUAACAAUUUUCACCACUCUCCAAAAGGACCAGGCAGCCAUCAUGCCCCUGAUCUGCAGACAUUGAGUACCCUAAAGACUCUGUGACGAUCUCAAUUGCAUACUCCUCUCGUCCUCUCUCUGUCAUUUCCUCAAACCCCAUUGGAUGAGGAAGCCAGAGGUCCCACCCCUCUGACCAUCUCCUCCAAUGGGUUUUGAGAAGGAGACAAGGAGAGACGACACGAGGAGUAGGCAAUUGAGACCUUCCCAUAGUUUCCCCUUCAGAACUCGACUGAUGUGUCACCUAUGGCAAAAGUUUUACAGCAUCUGGAGACAUGUUUUCUCAGUUUAUAGAGUAAUGAAUGUAGGGUUUUUUCCCUAUUGGUCGUGUUGUAAAAAUUGUAUAGUUUGUUUAUUCUCAAGGCACAGUGUGUUUAAUUUACCGUAAGAAUUCAGGGUGUGAGGCAUGGUUGAAAGUCUGUGAACAUUGAAACGUGGCUUUUACACAGCACUGAUAAACUUGUAUUUGGUGGGUGUGGUUGUCAGUUGAUGUUAUCGUGGGGUCAGUUCUGUAACAGCAUUCAGUCUCAUGAAAUGAACACCGAGCUGGUCAGAUCACCGAUUACUAAGUAAUACAAAAUAAACAAUAUUGCCAUCUUUGUAUUUGCACUCAGCUUACAACUAACUAUAUGGAAAAGACUGAAGGAAUUAUUUUUCUUUUUGCUUUACUGACAAGGAAGUAGUUUAUCUACCUGGCGGGAACAGAUCACUUGAGGAAAAUACAUGAAAGAAAUAAAUAACCCUCCAGAAAUACAGGUGGACCAGUAUGAACAAGACCUUGCCUGGCUAUUGUAUGCCAAAAUGUGUUAAAAUUAAUGGUUUUAUAUAUAUAUUUUUUUUCUCCAUUAAAAACAAAAACCACCCAACUUUUCCAAAGCAGGUGUUGUUUGGUAUAGUUACUGUAGUCUGUUGGGCACCAACCCCUCAUAUCAGCCUUGGGUCUCUGCCAGAGGAAUAGAGUUGAAAGGUUCAGCCCAGACUAGACGCUACAGUCAAUUUGUUAUGUGCAUGAGUUUGCGGUGUGUAGGCCCUACUGUAUGAAAUUCCAUAUUACACUUUCCUUGUAAAAUAGUUGUUUGAGGAACAGAACAAAUAUGAUUUUCUUUCAGAUAUUCUCUCCAGUGGGGUUUUAAUGAUUUGUACAUGUGUUUUUCAAAUCUCUCAAUAUCUUAUUUAUUAACCAUAUGUAAGUCAAUAGGAGGCAAAAGGACCUAUGUAUAAAUAAAUAAAUGUCUUUGUACUUUU